CACACACACACAAAAAAAAUAAAGAAAACUCCUUAUCCUAUCAUGUAUCUGUCUUUACACUUCACUUUCUCCAUCUUUAGCUCCUUGUAUGCUUCGUUAAUGGUGUUUCAGAUCUGAAAGCCAACUCUAGAGCUUUACAGAGUUAAAAUAUCGUCGAAACCUAAAAGCAUUAAGAGAAACAAGUUUAAAGUCUUUCCAAUCAACAGGUUUCAUCUUUGUUCCUGCGUGCAUUUUUUUAAUUAAUGCAGAAGGAAAUGGCGUAUUCGUUCCCAGAUGAGGUGCUGAAGCACGUCUUCUCGUUCAUACAAUCAGAUAAAGACCGAAACGCGGUGUCACUGGUGUGUAAAUCGUGGUACGAAAUCGAACGUUGGUGCCGGAGGAAGGUGUUUAUCGGGAACUGUUACGCUGUUAGCCCUAGGAUGGUUAUCAGGCGAUUCCCGGAAGUUAGAUCCAUUGAGCUGAAAGGGAAACCACACUUUGCUGACUUCAAUCUGGUGCCAGACGGUUGGGGCGGUUACGUUCUUCAGUGGAUCGCGGAAAUGGCUGGCGCCUAUCCUUGGCUUGGGGAGAUUCGACUUAAGCGGAUGGUAGUUACGGAUGAAAGCUUAGAGCUUAUCGCUAAGUCGUUUAAGAAUUUCAAAGUGCUGGUGCUUUUUUCUUGUGAAGGGUUUUCAACUGAUGGACUUGCUGCCAUUGCUGCUAGUUGCAAGAAUCUGAGAGAGCUGGACUUGAGGGAAAGUGAAGUGGAUGAUUUGAGUGGGCAUUGGCUUGCUCAAUUUCCUGAGACAUGCACGUCCUUAGUGUCCCUUAACAUUUCUUGCUUAGGAUCUGAUGAAGUUAGUUUCUCUGCCUUGGAGCGCCUGGUUGAUAGAUGUCCUAACCUGAGGUCUCUUCAGCUCAACCGUGCAGUGACCCUUGAUAAGAUUGCCAACAUUUUACGCCGUGCUCCACAGUUGGUUGAUUUUGGCACCGGUAACUAUGCAGCUGAGCUACAGCCUGAUGUCUUCUCAAACUUGGCUGGAGCUUUUUCUAGUUGCAAGGAGCUAAAGAGCUUGUCAGGGUUUUGGGAUGUGGUCCCAGCUUAUCUUCCAGCUCUUUACUCUAUCUGCCCUAGAUUAACAUCGCUGAACUUGAGCUAUGCUACCAUACAAAGUCCUGAUCUCAUCAAGCUUGUAAGCCACUGUCCAAGGUUGCAGCGCCUUUUGUUUUUAAUCCAGGUACUUGAUUAUGUUGAAGAUAGUGGCCUUGAAGAACUUGCUUCUAGUUGUAAGGACCUACAGGAGUUACGUGUGUUCCCAUCUGACCCAUUUGGUGUAGAGCCAAAUGUAUCCUUGACAGAACAGGGCCUUGUUGCUGUUUCUUUGGGUUGUCCUAAGCUACAGUCAGUUCUGUAUUUCUGCCGACGGAUGUCUAAUGCAGCGUUAGUCACCAUUGCCCAGAAUUGUCCGAACUUGACCCGUUUUCGUCUAUGUAUAAUUGAGCCUAAAACACCUGAUUACCUGACCCUUGAGCCACUUGAUGCUGGUUUUGGAGCCAUUGUUGAGCACUGCAAGGAUCUCAGGCGGCUUUCCUUGUCUGGUCUCCUCACAGAUCAUGUGUUUGAAUAUAUUGGGACAUAUGGGAAAAAGCUAGAGAUGCUGUCCGUGGCUUUUGCAGGAGAUAGUGAUUUAGGACUCCAUCACGUGCUUUCUGGCUGUGAAAGCCUCCGUAAACUAGAGAUUAGGGACUGCCCUUUCGGAGACAAGGCUCUUUUGGCCAAUGCUGCAAAGCUGGAGACAAUGCGAUCCCUUUGGAUGUCUUCUUGCGCCGUGAGUUUCGGAGCAUGUAAGCUGCUAGGUCAAAAGAUGCCCAAGUUGAAUGUUGAAGUUAUAGACGAGACAGAACCUCCAGAUUCAAGACCUGAAAGCUACCCAGUUGAUAAGCUGUACAUAUAUAGGUCUGUCGCUGGGCCGAGAUUUGACAUGCCUCCUUUUGUGUGGUCAAUGGAUGAAGCAGUGAAGAUUCUGCAUUGAAGCUUUGCUUGAGACAUCACCUGUGAACUAGGCACUAUGUGAAAGAGCUUAUUUGAUCUCAAGAAUGAAUGUAUCAGGUACAUGCUCCUACUCAUUGUUCUGGCUUGAGCUCGACUGCCAUUCCUUAUACUCUUGGCUGAGCUAUCAAUUACAAACGUAAUGGUGAAUAAAGUGUAUUUAUUUGUUUUCCAGUUGUUACUACCAUGUAUACUAGUUUUAAGACAUUUGGAUGUUUAUGCAUAUUUGUAUUUCCCUUUUUAA